UCCCUCAUUCCUGAUGAAGGGCUUAUGCCCGAAACGUCGAAUUUCCUGCUCCUUGGAUGCUGCCUGACCUGCUGCGCACUCCCUCAGCGCUGACCCUCCCACAGCGCGGGGCUCCCUCGGCGCUGACCCUCCCACAGUGCGGGGCUCCCUCGGCGCUGACCCUGUGACAGUGCGGGGCUCCCUCGGCGCUGACCCUGUGACAGUGCGGGGCUCCCUCGGCGCUGACCCUGUGACAGUGCGGGGCUCCCUCGGCGCUGCAGUGGGGAGGGGAGAGGGGGGAGGUUUGCCUGGUGUCAGAGAUAACUCUGUGCCUUUGAACGCCCCCCCCUUCCUCCCUGGGGCACGGUUUGAUGUAACAGGCAUUCCCGGCGUCUGCCGCACCCAUCCCCAGUCUGUGUCCCAACACGCUGUGUCCAACCCACCCACCCCCCCUCUACCAAUUCCCACCCCCUCCUCCUCUACCUUGGAAGCGAUCCCCCGCGCGCAGUUCUGGUCAGGAGGGAGUGCCUAGCGUUUGGGAAGUGAAGGUAGACCGCAACGGUGUUGUCCAGGGGAAAGGAAGCCAUCCGCAGUCUCUCUCACAGCCGCAACACAGCAGGAAGCUCACGGUGGGUAGCUCACCGUCGGAAGGCUUUCCUCCCCCAGCUCUGUGAGGAAGGGGAUCUUCCCGAAGGGAAACGCUGAAAGGGGACCCGGAGUGAGGUCGGGACGAUGGCGUCGAGCGGUCUGCAAGCCCUCGGCAUCUCCCUGUGCCUGCUGGGGCUGGUCGCCGCGGUGGUCUGUUGCGUGCUGCCCAAGUGGAACCAGAGCUCCUUCGUGGGCGCCAGCAUCGUCACGGCGCAGACCCACCAGGACGGCAUCUGGAAGAACUGCGUCACCCAGAGCACCGGGCAGCAGCAGUGCAAGUACUACGACUCCAUCUUGUCGCUGCCCUCCGAUGUCCAGGCCGCUCGCGCCCUCACCGUCAUCGCCAUCGUCCUCUCCGGCCUGGGCCUGCUGCUCGCCCUGGCCGGUGCCAACUUCACCACCUGCCUGCAGGACGAGGGGGUCAAGGGGAAGGUGGCAGCGGGCGCCGGGGGGCUGCUGGUGCUGGCCGGCCUCCUGGUGCUGGUGCCGGUCAGCUGGUCGGCCCACCUCACCGUCUCCAACUUCUACGACCCGCAGGUGACCGACAAGCGGGAGAUCGGCACCAGCAUCUGGGUGGGGUGGGUGGCCGCGGGGCUGCUGGCGCUGGGGGGGGCGCUCCUCUGCUGCUCAUGGCCGAGGGGAGGGGGCGCGGGCUCGGGCUACAGCGCCAAGUACAUCAACAACCCCGCGGGGCCCGCCCGCACCAACGUCUGAGAUCCAUCGCUGACCCCCCGCCUCCCAGAAUCCCCUCUGUCUCCCCCCCGCCAAAAUCUAUCCACCUCCCAGUCUCCCGCACUCUCCCCAUGUCCCUCAGUGUCUCCCGCCAACAAUCUAUCCAUCUCCCAGUCUCCCACACUCUCCCAAUGUCCCUCAGUGUCUCCCGCCAACAAUCUAUCCAUCUCCCAGUCUCCCGCACUCUCCCCAUGUCCCUCAGUGUCUCCCCCCAACAAUCUAUCCAUCUCCCAGUCUCCCGCACUCUCCCCGUGUCCCUCAGUGUCUCCCCCCAACAAUCUAUCCAUCUCCCAGUCUCCCGCACUCUCCCCGUGUCCCCUCAGUGUCUCCCCCCAACAAUCUAUCCAUCUCCCAGUCUCCCGCACUCUCCCCGUGUCCCCUCGGUGUCUCCCCCAAACAAUCUAUCCACCUCCCAGUCUCCCACACUCUCCCCGUGUCCCUCAGUGUCUCCCCCUAACAAUCUAUCCAUCUCCCAGUCUCCCGCACUCUCCCCGUGUCCCCUCGGUGUCUCCCCCCAACAAUCUAUCCACCUCCCAGUCUCCCACACUCUCCCCGUGUCCCCUCAGUGUCUCCCCCCAACAAUCUCUCCAUCUCCCAGUGUCCCACACUCUCCCCGUGUCCCUCAGUGUCUCC